UUUGUAUUCCAUUCGCUCACUCUUUCUCCUCUCUGCAACCAAUUCUCCGCCUUAUCUCAACAGAGGCAAAACUGAGUUUUUUCUCUGCUCAGACAGCCCAAACCCGUUUCUCAAAAUGGAUAAGACCCGGGCCACAUUAGUAUGGCGGGACAUUCCGGGUCUUGAAGAGACCAGUUUCACAGAGCCAGAUCAAUGGCGGAAGAAAUGGUUCAUUCAAAAUUCCAAUUCAAGCCGGAGUGGCAGUCGGUAUGAAUUUGCGUGUAUAUCAGUUGCUGAAAAGAGGGAAGAAAAGGAGUUUUCGCCUACGUCGGCUCAGCUUGUUAAGCAUCCUUUGGUUUUCGUUGCAUUGGUUCCUAAAGAUGCCGCUCUAUUCGCCGCCGGCGCAAUUGCCGGAGCCGCUGCCAAAACCGUCACGGCGCCGCUCGACCGUAUCAAGCUCCUUAUGCAGACUCAUGGGCUUAGAGCUGGGCAAGAAGGCGCGAAGAAGGCUAUAGGAUUUAUUGAGGCAUUCACAUUAAUUGGGAAGGAGGAAGGAAUUAAGGGGUACUGGAAAGGAAACCUUCCCCAGGUGAUACGGAUCAUACCUUAUAGCGCAGCACAGCUUUUUGCCUAUGAAACAUACAAGAAACUAUUCCGAGGAAAGGAUGGAGAUCUUUCUGUAAUUGGAAGAUUAGCAGCAGGUGCUUGUGCUGGCAUGACUUCAACUUUUGUUACUUAUCCUCUAGACGUCCUUAGGUUAAGAUUGGCUGUUGAACCUGGAUAUAAAACAAUGUCAGAGGUGGCCUUGAACAUGUUGAGAGAGGAAGGAGUUGCGUCCUUUUAUAAUGGUUUAGGACCUUCUCUUAUUGGAAUCGCACCUUAUAUUGCAGUCAAUUUUUGCGUUUUUGACUUGGUGAAGAAGGCUCUGCCAGAGAAAUAUCAAAAUAGGACUGAAACAUCCAUGGCAACAGCCUUGAUCUCAGCCACAAUAGCCACACUCACAUGCUAUCCUCUGGACACAGUUAGACGACAAAUGCAAAUGAGGGGUACACCGUACAAGACAAUUUUUGAUGCCAUUCCGGGUAUUGUGGCUCGUGAUGGCUGGCUGGGAUUAUAUAGGGGUUUUGUGCCGAAUGCAUUAAAAACCCUACCAAACAGCAGCAUAAGGCUUACCACCUUCGACUCUGUCAAGCGUCUGAUCACAGCCAGUGAGAAAGAACUUCAAAAAAUCAUGGAGGAGAAUCGCAAGAAACGAGAUCAAACUGGAAACUGCACUCUCUAGAUUAUCAUUGAUACAAUAUUAUUAUGGCAUUCCUCACAUGUAUUCAGUUUUCUGAAAGGAUGUCCAACCGAAAGCAUUUGUUGAAACGUGGGAAUGAGUUCUUCUUAGCCAUCCUGGGGGAUUUAAAUUUUGUAAAACAGUAUGGACACGUUUUGGCACCUUAGUGAUGAGGACAUCCUUAUAGUUGGACUUUUAUUAUUGUUUCAGUAUUUUAGUUGGACUUUUAUUUUUGUUUCA